AUGGCUAUUACCGGUAGUAGCAUGAUACAACCAGACCCCGCAAAUACUGGGUCCAACUCUGUUUUGAAGGAUCCGCGACGCGAUCUAGAUGGCUUGGACGGUGGCAAUCCAACAACACUCGUGCUUCUGAGCAUGCAUAUCGCUAUCUCGCUACCGAUUCAUCCCCCCUUCCCAGACCCUUUAUCGGUGGGCACACUGUAUGAGGGACCUCAGCCACGUAAUGGGGCUCAGAAACCGGAUUCCGCUAAUCUUGGAACGGUCCAAGGCUUCUGGAAUCGACGAUCCUUCCAACGCACCGCAUCUGACAAGGAGCAGACCGACGCUGGGAAACUUGGAUGUUAG